AUGGCUUCUAAAGGUGGCGGUAGAAAGAAGAAAGAGGGGCCGAAGGAUAACGUAACAACACCACUGACGUCUACAGCCAAGGCGAGAUUUGGGCGAACUGCGACUCGAAAAGCACGUCGCCACGGUGGUAACGCGAUGUCCAAACCGGCCACCGGUCAAGCGAGGUCAAGCGAACAGGAGUCUGGAUCUGUUGUUGGUAGCUCAGUGAAUGAGAGAGAAAAUGGAGAUCGCUAUGGAAGAAAAUUCUAUGAGAGGAAGAUGUCGAGGCUCGUGAACCACUUGACGGACACUCAGAAGUUCUACGAGGAGUACGUCCGCCUUGCCCAGGAGCGGGAUGACGAGGAAUGCAGAGACAAGAACAGUAAGGGUCACGUGCCCGUCUUCAACAAGAGGCUUUUCACGUCACAGGGUUCCGUCGUCAUCACCGCAGAGGCGCGCAGAAUCAUGGCGAGGAACGGCCGCACGCGACCUGACGAACACAUCCAACCACUGGUCAAAGCGGAGCUCUUGGCCAUGCGCAGUGUGGUGGCUGGUCUCAAGAUGGUGCAUCAGGAACACGACUACAUCAAAAAGGCUCUCUGCCAUUGUCUGACCUUUGAAUCGUACGGAGCCCAUCAGUUCAUCGUCAAGCGGCCUCACGAGGAUUGUUUGUCAUGUUAUUACAUUGUUCGUGGAGAGGUCGAGGUCACUUAUGAUAUAAAGGUCACGGAGACGAAACGGGUGUACCAGCCAAAUAUCAUAUACAGUCAUGGAAGCGGUGAGUUUCUAGGGCUGGUAUCUCCGGACGGAUUGUCCGAGGAUAUAUCUCCGCCCGCUACGAUUUAUACUAAAGAAUACUGUGAGUUCUUGAGGAUUGACAGGACGAAAUUUCACAAAAUAAUUAAGGAAUAUGACGAGACAUUUACGGAGGAAAAAAGGAUUUUCUUUUCAAGACCGACGUGUGUGCUUUCUGCAAUGUCAUCUGAUGCCAUGGAGAAGAUUCUCAGUAAAGUCAACAGACAGGAAUAUUCUUCCAACCGUGAGGUGAUGGUCCAAGGCCAGCCAUCAGACUAUAUUUACUUCGUAGAGUCAGGUCGGUGUCAGCUAACGAGAGAACUGUAUAUAACUGAGGCAGACAAGGUUGUCUCCUGCGUCCUUGGUGAUUGUGAGAAAUAUGACUAUUUCGGAGAAGAGUGCAUUCUGGACAACACGACCGGUCACUGCACAGUCACACCAACAUGCCCGACAGUCAUUCUGAAGAUGCACAAAUCAGCCUUGGAAAUAGUUCCAAAGGACCAGCUCCACAACAUAAUCUUUAAACAUCGGCGAGAAUUCCCGAGUGAUGACGAUCUUAGAGAACGAGGCUACCGAAAGACAGUGUGGAACAAUUACAAACACUCAGAGGUGCAACAGACACUGCGGGAGAGCGGAAACAUGCAAUUCCUGAGUCGCAAGACGACUCAAAGGGUCAGACAGAGAUUCCCAUUGGCCAAAGAACAUUUCAGAGAGGACAUUUUGGAAUUCAUCUCCAAUGGAUCUAGGAUCAACUGUUCAAGAGUCCAGAGCGCUGUUUUAAAGAAAUCAAGGGUUGGUUCUAGUUCGAUUCGCCCAUGGACUUCCCUGGGUAUUUCCAAGAGGGGCGAGCCAGAUGGGCAGGAAAGCACUACUCGUUUUGAAGACGAAGAUGACAACACGAAAGAUAGGAUAGCGAGUCCGAGAACAACGUUUGAACUGCCCAAAACACCGGAAAGGACGACUUCAAAGAUUUCAAGAGAAAAAAUGCAGAGAAUGCUCAGGGACACAGACCCAGAGGAUCUCCUGCACCAUAUGGAGAGUGGGAGCGAACUGGGUAAACAGCUCAGACAGUUGCUGCAGGACACACACAAGCCUGAACACCAAAAUGGAUUUACGAAAACCAGUGUUUUGGUGACGAUGUCAACGGAAGACAUUGUGCGCAAGGCUAAAGCUCAGGCUGAACAGACAAAAGACAGGACCACUGCAGAUGACACUGGCGAUAACAGAGACUGGUUCACCGUACUUCACGAAGAAAACGAAAAAGCCAAAAGUAACAUCGUCGCAGACAAGUACCGUGCGGCCAUGUUGCGGCGCAGACUGCGCGUGCUCGACUGGAAGAGGCGGAAGAUGAAUUACGAACGCACGUGGCGCGCCGUCAUACCCGGGGACGACUUGAAACCUCAGAAACCAAAGAGAUACGUCCUGGAUGAGCUGCAGGAGAAAUAUCAGGGAUGUUCAUAUAACGACGCUUCGAAGAAGCUCGGGACGUUAACGUUCAGCACGGUGUUUCUGUGCAAGGCACUAACAGCUAGACACCGCCGUACGAGGUCGGACGAAUCAAUCCAAGCAACCACCAAUGAAGAAGAUAUUGGUUUACAGGCUGACACCAAAACCAAUCACAGACCCGAUCGACCUAGGAGUGCAGUCGCCGCGGAUAGUCACGACAGAGACAAUCUGAAAAUCUCUUCAAGAGUGAAGGAUCAACAGGACAAAUCUAUUCUCACGAGAGAACGACUCAAACCUCCAACUAUUAACAACUUUAUGCUCACCAGUAAAUCUUAGCGUGUCCUUGUUCCGGAGCAGCUGCUAUCGCCAACAACUGACAAACAUUUCAGGGGCGGAUCUAGGACUUUGCAAAGAUGGAAGGGGUGUGUGUUUACAAAAGUCUUCAAAGGGCAAUUUGAUAUUGUCAGAGGCAAGAGCAGAGCGAGAUUUGCACGGAGGGAGAUCUGUAAGGAGAAGGGAAGGGAACUGUAUUAACGUGCCCACAUCCUUACGGUUCAGGCACGUCCACCAUGGACUCGGGGUUCUGACUUCCCCAGCCUACGAUUCCAUGGCGGGACAUAAGGAGAUGGAGGGCAUGCUUCCCGGAAAUUAGUUAAAUAAAGAUGUUACGAGACGUG